AUGACCGAACCGCAACAACCCAGCGAAGAACACCAGGGCUUCGAAUUGCCACCCGUUGGCAGCGUUGUGUGGCAAGAUCUGACAGUGCCCAGUGCCCCGGAGAUUCGGGACUUCUACUGCCAGGUGGUCGGCUGGACCUACACCGACCACGACAUGGGCGAUUACGCCGACUACAACAUCAACCUGCCCGACGGCAGCCAUACCGUGGCCGGCAUCUGCCAUACCCGGGAUCCAACGCCAAUGUUCCGCCCCAAUGGCUGGUUUAUAUCGUGGUGGAGGAUGUAG